CAGCGAGAGGUCCUGUCUCUUUAACACAAGUUCAAUGUCCAUUCACAAUAAACUGCUCCAAGAUGGAACUCCGGGCAGCGGCUGUGAACGCCUUGGCCCAACACCGGAAAGUGGCUCUCCUGAUCGGCGGGGCUGGCGCUGCUCUGCUCGGCCUCGCGGUGGGUUAUAAAUAUCUGCGAAAACCAGAAAAGCUCGUGCGCGUGGGCGUCGUGUCGCAGCUUCUUGUUCACCCGCUUAAAUCUGGGAAAGCGCUCUCCGUGGCGCUCGCCGAGUGCCUCAGAACUGGGCUCAAGUUUGGAGACCUGCAGGAUCGACACUGGAUGGUGGUGACUGAGGAUGGCCACAUGGUGACCGGGCGACAGGAGCCCCGUUUGGUCCUGAUGAGACUGACUUGUGAGGCGGGACAAGUCUGUUUGAACGGGCCCAAUAUGGAGGAGCUCAAAGUCCCCAUGGAGAAUCCUCAAAACAGGGUCCUCGACUGCAGAGUGUUUGGGGCAGACAUACAAGGAAGGGACUGUGGAGAAGAUGCCUCCUCAUGGGUCACUCGUUAUCUCAAAGCAGAAAAGACCUAUCGCCUCGUGCACUUUGAACCCCAGAUGAAGGGGAGGAAACCAGAGGAGACACUGUUCCCAAAAGAUGAGGAGGUGGCAUACCCAGACUGUGGCCCUGUGAUGAUUCUUUCUGAAGCCUCAGUGAAGGACCUGAGCAGCAAACUGGAGAAGCCUGUGACAGUGGAGCGUUUCCGGCCAAAUGUCAUCAUCAGCGACUGUGAACCUUUUGAUGAGGACUCUUGGGAGGAGAUCCAGAUUGGCAGCGUGCGACUGAAGCGUGUGAUGGCGUGUGGAAGAUGCAUUUUCACCACAGUUGAUCCUGAAACUGGUGUAAUAUCUAGGAAAGAGCCAUUAGACACACUGAAAAGUUACCGUUUGUGUGAUCCAUCUGAGAAACACCUCUAUAAGUCAGCUCCUCUGUUUGGACAGCUGCACACUGUGAGGAAAACAGGAAUUUUACAGGUCGGAGAUGAAGUUUUCAAGAUUGUUCGCUGAGAAAAUAAAAUAUUGUCCAAAAAUACCAGAUAAGGUGCAGUACAUUCCUCUGUUUUAUCAGCACUCAGUAUGCAUCACAAUAAUCACUGGUGUCUACAGUAUAAGUGCACUUAAUGGUUAUUUUUAGAGGAAAUUAACAAUUAAAAAGAAAAAAAAAUGAUUAACUGUUUACUAACACAUUUUAAAUCCACUGCCAAAUCAGUAUCAAAAUCUAAGAGAAAAAAUGUGAAAAGUCCAUAUAUAUUCUUGCACUAGCACACAUUUUAUUCUACAACUGCCAUGCGUAACAAAUAAAUUUGUUAAUAUUUUA